GGAUGUCGCUUUUUCGAAUCGAAAAUGAACAUGCGUAUCUAAUACUUUCCCAACACAUUUUUAGUGUACUUGUAGUUUUAAAUAAGGACUAUAAUUAUAUAUUUAAGGAAGCAACUUCCAAAUUUAAUUUUUAGUUAAGUAGGUAAGAAACAGCGCAAUUAUAUUUCCGAUAUAAAAUUUGCGGCUUCUAAGUGAUCGUAGACAAAUUAAGUGCAUAAAUUGUGUUUUCGAUAAGUUGAAGACGCGUGAAUUUUUUUUUGUUUUUGCGAUUGAUUGGUUGUCGUAAUAUUUGUGGUUAGAAAGAGUAAUGCGGAUGAUUCCCGACAAUAUGAUGGACGAUGAUGAAAAGGGAAAGUUGUUCGUUGGUGGUUUGUCAUGGGAAACCACGCACGAUAAUUUACAGAGGUUUUUCCAAAGAUUCGGAGAUGUCAUCGAUUGUGUCGUUAUGAAGAAUAACGAUAGCGGUCGAUCGCGUGGAUUCGGCUUUGUAACAUUCGCUGAUCCUUCACACGUUUCGUUAGUCCUGAACAAUGGACCACAUCAGCUAGAUGGGCGUACAAUUGACCCGAAACCAUGCAAUCCACGUACUCUUCAAAAGCCGAAAAAAGGUGGCGGCUAUCCGAAAGUCUUCCUCGGAGGAUUGCCGUCAAAUGUUACGGAAACUGAUUUGCGUUCAUUCUUCAGUCACUAUGGGAAAGUGAUGGAAGUGGUGAUCAUGUACGAUCAAGAGAAGAAAAAAUCGCGAGGAUUCGGUUUUUUGUCUUUUGAAGACGAUGCAUCGGUGGAACGCGUCACACGCGAACAUUACAUCAACUUAAACGGCAAGCAAGUGGAAAUCAAAAAAGCUGAACCACGUGACGGAUCUGGCGGCAGUAAAGGCCAGAAUGACAAUGGCCAAUGGGGUCAACCUCAAGGCGCACCGAUGGGAAUGAUGCAGGGUCCGAAUGGACAGAUUGGUGGUCCACCAAUGAAUAUGGCGAUGGGUGCUCCAAAUAUGAUGCCGUCAUAUCAGGCUGCUGCAUGGGGUACUUCGCAGCAACAAGGCUAUGGAUACAGUGCAAAUGCACCGGCUUCAUAUCCGAAUUGGGGAGCACCGCCUGGACCACAACAAUGGAAUAAUUAUCCAGCCGCUCAACAGCAGCCUAACUAUAACAAUUACGAUAUGUACAACUCGUCGACUGGCCAAGGUGGAGCAUCGAGUGGAGCUACUUGGAACUCAUGGAUGGCACAACAAAAUUCAUCAGGAACAGCUGGAACUGAUACGAGGAGAGUAAUGAAACGCAGACUCUCUCAAACUGAUGAUCGAAAAUCGUCGCAACGGACAUUGAAAGUAGUCAGGACUAGCGGUGAUAUGUAUUCACGUGGCCAGUCUGGAGCUGGUGCGCCGGCCGGUGCAGGUCCUGGUAUGCCGCCAUCCGGUCCAGGUGGAAUGAAUUCGACAAAAUCGGCUUCAGAUUACAGCAGCUAUGGUGGCUACGGAAACUAUUCAAAUGACCAACCAUCGUCUUAUGGACCCCGAUCAUACGGUAACAUUGGUGCAUCACAACAAUCCGGAUACGGAGCACCACAAGAAGAUGAAUUCCUUAAACAACAAUAUUAACGGAAACGACAAGUGGCUAUUCAAUUCUGCUUGAAAUAAUUGAAGAGAAAAAAAAAUAAUUUUUUUGUAGUUUAUUUCAUUAUGCUCUUUCAACCAUACAAAAAACAAUUAAGAUUAUUCCGCAAUUAUGCAAUAUAUAUACGUUUCUCAUACAAGGACUCUAACUAACGACCAAUUAUUGUUCAAUAGAAUAAUUUUCAUUUUGGAAGGAACCAAUUUUUCCUUCUUUUGCCGUUUUUCUUUAAUUUUUCUUUUUUAAAUUAAGUUAGUUGUGUAAAACUUUGUUGGACUACAAUUAAAAUUAAGGAAAUUUUGCACGUUAAUUCGCUUAAAGAAAUAUACAAAGAAACAAAACAAAUUAUACAAAAAAUAAAUUAAUCGAACGAAAGGAAAAUAUUUUGACAAAUUUAUUCUUUUUUUUUGUUAGGUUGGGUAAUAUAAUUUAUGUUGUCAAUGUCUAAAUGGAAGUAGAGUUUAAGCAACUGAAUAUGUUAAAUAUACCACCACAAUUUUGUGACAAAUUGAAAAUUGAAAUUUUUCCGUUUUCACUCAUUUUUUCCCCCUCAAUUACACAAUACCAUAGGUUGGACCAAAAAUGCCGUACCAACAUUUUACGUAGUCUUUGAAAGCCAAUUCAAUUUCCCUAAUAGUUUCUUCAUCAAGAAAUUAACCCCGCUUUCGUUGGUAAAACCGGCUAAACAACUUGUAAUAAAUUCUUUGAUAAAUCCUUGUACCGUAUUUGUCUGACUAUUCUUCUUGUAUUAAUCGUUUUGUCGCUCACGGAAUUCUACCGAAUUGCUCGUUAAUUCUAGCGACCCAAAGGAAACCAUGUCACACCGUUCACACUAUUUAAAACAGUUCAACUUUCAAUCUUAUUGACGAAACUCAUUAUUAUAUUACCUUUGCAGUCCACAGUAAAAUUUAACCUUUUAGAAACGGCAAGAGAUACAUUCAUUAAAUCUGUUACUUCAUUUUGUUUCAAGUGUCGCUUAGCACACACAAUCUUGUACUUCAUUUGUUUGUACCAUAACAUUUUGCUAUAAAACAGAACAUUCUUCGGUGUUCUGACAUAAUAACAGAUUAUCAGUCGUUUCUGAAAGGUCAAAUCAGAGUAACAAAAUUGCCGAGUUACGUAGAAACCCUUUUCGCGCAUCGUAAGCCUUAAGCACAGAUAAAUUAAUUAUUAUUUUUUUGUUCUAACGAAAGAAACAGAGAUCAUUGACGGUAUUGAUUAAAAAUAUUGGUUGAGUUUAAAAUUUUAUUUCUAUAAUACGAACUGUGAAUUUAUGUAAGAUCCCCCAUCCCUAAAUGAAAUUGUGUUAAAUAGAAAAUUUUCAAUUAAUUUUCGACUAAAAGAACGACUUUUAAAAAUAAGUGCUAUCAUCAUAGUUAUUAUAAUCGUAAGAACAACUCAACAAGAAGAGCAUAUAAUUUUUAAACAAAAAAAGAAGAGAGAAGAAAAAGCAAAACCUUAAAAAACGAAGCUAGAAUUGUACGAUAAAAAAAUCUUUUUGUUUUGCAUUUUUUGUUGUUUGUUUUCUUUUUCUUAUUUCCUUUUAGUUUUCUCUUAAAAAAAAACUUAAACUUAAAUUCAGGAUAAAUAAUUAAAAAAACAUAAAUCAAAAAACCCUAAACUUUUAAGAAUUUUUAAGUAUAAAUUUAAUUCAAAACAAAAGAAAUGAAAAAAGAGAAAAUUUAUUAUGACUAGACAAAGAAACCGAUAAAAUUGUCCCCUUAAUUUUAAUGGUAUAAUUUCGCGCAGUGCCAUUUUGUGGUUGACAAAUGAUUUUAUGAUAUAACUAUAUGUGUGUCGUCGUAUGGAUGUGUGGUUGCGUAUUCACAAAUUAAUGAAAAAAUAAAAAAAUAAAAAAUAUUUUUUACAACAAAAAUAAAAGAGAAAAUCGUAAGAAAAGUUAAAUAAAUGAAAAUACAAUUUUUCCAAUAAUUAAAUCCAAUAAAUUUUAAUAUAAAUUAGAACAAAAAAAAUGAAAAUACAGAAGAAGUACGUUAUGCUAAGUGAAUAAUUAACUUAUAAGGAAAACAUUUUAUUUAUCCGCAGAGACUGAUUCCUGUUUUUUGUAAUUGUUAGGGAAUAAAUACAAUAUCACGAUUUUGAUUGAAUUAUAUUGUUUUCGAGAUUCGAUUUACGAUAGAGUCACACACACAGAGAUAUACAUUUCCGUUGCGGAUAGUUGCACCAUUCACUGUGAGAAAUCCCAUUCUUUCCGGGCUUUAUUUUCUCAAAAUAUAGUAAGCCUCUAUCAACACCCAGUCAGAAUCGUGGUAAUAUUUUUAAUAGUAAAACACUUUGUUGUCUAAAAGAAAUCUAUAGAAAUUUAUAUACAAAAAGAAAUAGAACGUAACGAUUGUUUUAGUCAUUUGUCAUGAUGGAUUGUGAGAUGCGUUAAAGUUAAAGCCGAAAAAUUAUUGUCAAAGUGCAUUGCAUCAAAUUAAAUCUGCAAAUCACGAUUAGAGUUAUAAAAGUUAUCAGCAAAACUGGAGAACUUCAAUUCGGAAUUGAGUUUGUUUUUGACUUUCAAUUUUUGAGCUGAUAUUAUGGUAACAAUCUUUACAGCCUUCAUUUUAAUGUAUUAAUACAGUAAAGUGAUUUGAUCUUCUUCUUGCCAAAUCUCCAUUUACUUACCUGCUUGUUUUUAUUCAUUGUUAUGCGUUAACUAUUUUUAAGAGUCAAGCUCGGAAAGCUUGGGAGGUAAGCAAAUCUGCUCAAAAUAAUGUUAAAAAAAUAAAUUCCCAUUCAUUGAUCGAAGUAGAGCCAAUGGCACAUCAAUAAGACUGAGAUUCCACAGAAUCCACAGCUUAAAUGAACCAUGGAAUAAAAUGAUCUUUCGUUUUGCAACUAUUAAAAUCUUUUACUUCAUUUUCUGUUGUUUAAAUUGUCGUCUAAUGUUUAAUACCGAAUCUUGUACUUCUUUUAAUUUUAUAAUCCAGUUCGCUAUUUAAGAGCAUCAUAGCCAUUUAUUGGUGACACUGUUAUCAGUAAUAGAUCCCUAUUUUCAGUCCCAGAACUAUCUUAACUUACGAACAAACCUCAAAAAGCGAAUAGAUUUUUAUUCAAUUAAUUUAUGUGUUCAAGUCGCUCUGGUUUAAUCGCCUGGUUCUCUCUAUCCCUAAUCAAUGCCAAAUCUUUACCAUUUAACUUUUGCUCGGCUGUUUAAUUGUUUUACCGAUUACGAUGUGUAAACUGAACAUGCAUAUCACUCACUGAUGAAAAAAAGUGUUUCGUUGUAAUUUAACAUUGAACGCGAUGCCUUUUUCAAUUUUUUUUUUACUUUAAAGACUUUUAACUUUAACGGUUAGUAGAACAGCGCUUAAGUAAUGGAACAGAGAACUUUUUUUUUGUUUGGAGAAAAAUGGAGAUAACAAAAUAUAGUUAAACGAGAAAUGAAAAUACAAAAUUUAUUUAAUUAAAAAAUAAACUAAUAAAAUAUUACCGAAAUGGCAAAAAAAAAUGAAAGUAACACGAAGUACCUAAUUAAUAAUAAAAUGAAAAAACUAAAAUAAUUCAAAUGAAAAAAAGUAAAAAAAUUUUCAAUAUUUUAUGGAAGAAAACAAACAAAAUGGUUAGUAAAAUUCCUGUUUACCUUAUUAUAGUGAAUAAAUCCAAUUUUUAAAAUUAGUUACAAGUAUCACCUUUGCAUAAUUAAUUGUAAUUUUUGACUUUGUCAAAUAAUAAUUUUUUUUGUUAUUUUGUUUUAAAAGAAAACUUUCUUUGUUUUAAAUUAUUCGAUGAAAAAAGUAAGUAAAAUAAAAAAAAAAUCCUUAACUAGUUGCUAGACGAAUGAUUGCAUUUCUUAGGCGAUAAUGAUUAAUUAGGUAUAUGACAAAAAAAAAAACAAAACAAUGUGAUAAUAAAAUGGGGGAUGUAAAUUAGAGGUUUUGUGCACUAAAAAGAAACAAAGGUGAAAAAUGUUCAUGAUUUAUUUUUAGAUGUUAGAUUCACUAUAAAAAUUAUGUUAAGUGUUUUAAAUAAAAUAUUAAACUACAGCGUGACAAUUUCACCGAACAACAAACGACCUAGUGACAUAAUCUUUUCUUUUCAAUAUGAAAAAUUUCCUUAGACAACACAUAACUGUUGGGUUUUAUCAAAUAUAUUUUUUUUAUGAUAUCAGUUGACACAGAACUCGUAUUUGCGAAGUAUGUCGAUUUUCGGUGUAAGCCGGCGAAGAGAUCGCUUCGAGAAAAAAAAAUAAUUCGGCAUUCUGUUGUCAACGAAACAAAGCGUUUUUAAAUGUCUCUUUACUACUACUUGAUAACUAAAACGAAUCACAUUGAAGUCUAUCCGUCAAAUGUUUAGUUUUUUUCAUUAAAUUAAAUAUAGAAAAAUAGUUGUCGUACAAAACAACACAGCCCCUGGGAAAACUGUUUUCAUUUCAAUUAUUUUUGAGGUUAAAAAUAUUAUUUAACGAAAUCUUCUUUUUUCGGAAAAAUAAAAACUUUGUUUCUCCAUUUUUUUUUAUUGUAAUUCAGAAAUGAGAUUUUUCUUUUUUAAACAUAAUAACACAAUGAGAAUAAUGGUACGUUAACUUUAAUCAUAUGAAAUUAUAUUAAAAUUUACAAAGUAAAAUUAAACUUAAAGCAAAAUAAAAACUGAGUAUUAGCAUGUACAGUGAAUAAGUGACCACACAUUUUAUCAUAAGAAUAAACGAUAAAAACAAAACAACACAACCACACACACACAAUUUAUAAUAUUGCAUAAUGUUCGUUUUUAAUUGAAAAACAAAAAGUCUAAAUAAAAAGAAAUUAUUGAUAAAUAAAUUUAAAGAAGAUGAAAAAAAAUAGAAUUAAAGAGUUUAAUAUCCCGACACAGACACACACAUGAAAAAACACCAUCCAACGAUCUAUUUAAAAAAAUUAAAAAAACAUAAAAAUGGAAUUACUAAAUUUAAAAAAUGGAAAUUAAUUAGGGUAUCUUGUAAAAAAAGAGGAAAAACUAUUAAAAACUAUUAAUUAAUACUAAAAACAAAAAAAAAGAGAAAAACAAAUCACGUAUGUUAAAUGAAAGAGAAACUCGUUGUAGGGAAUUUAUAAUGAUUAGAUAAAUGAUGAUGAUGGCAAACAGCCUAAAAAAUAGAUUAUAAAAUGAAUUAAAAGAAAAAGUUUCAAUGUUAAGUGUUUCCCAGCUCGGAAAAUCUAAUUAAAAUAAAACUUAUCAUAGUUCGCUUUUUUACUUUCCUUAUUUUUGGGUAUUUUUUUACUUCUGUUUUUUUAUUCUCUUCGUUCCAAUGAUUUUUUAUUCUUAUUUAAUUUUCAUGAUUUUUUUUGUAUUGUAUAACCAAUGAUGUUUUUUUCUUAUAACCAAGCAUUUCGUUUUAAAUUUUUAAUUCUUCUUUUUUGCGUAUAUAAACUUGGCAUAAUAUUAAAAUAAAUAAACUUACAAUAUAAGGGUUAUCUAAAUGUAUAUGCAUACUAAUAAUAAAGUAAAACAAACUAAAAUAAUUAUAUUAAACAAAAACACAUAAAUAAAAUACAGAAAAAAAUUCAGGUUUGGUUAAUUUUAAAUAGAAGAAAAUAUAAAAAAAUAAAAAUAAAAAUUUUCGUAUGUUGUAUAUAAAACAUAUUUAUAUACAAUUUAGUGAGCAUAUUUGGUUUAGGAAUAUUAAUUAAAAA